AGUUUCGACGUAUCCGUUGGACAGUGUGGCGGCGUUUUGAAGCGAUGCUCUGUGCCGUUUAUGGCCUCCAAUGAGAGGUGUGUAUCACAGUCAUUAAAAACUCCCAAAAAGCAGACCGCGGAAUCCUCCGUCAAGGGAGCACCGUUUCCGGAGCAGUUCCUCGUGAGGGUGGUGGACUCCAGCAUCGUCAUCGUCAUCAUCGUCGUCGUUCACUGCUGCACCGUACGAUGCUGA